CCGUCUUUCAACGAACUGAAUGAGGGUACAUAUUGUUUCAUUCAAAAUCACGGGGAAGUUUCUGAGUGAAACCGAACGGAAGAUCAGAAAAAUGAGGCGCUGUUAAGUCAUAAUGGCUGAAUCACCGUUAAAUCAAUUAGCAGCAGAACAAAAGCCCGAUGUUAAUGCGUUGCAAAAACAGUUAAAAGACAUCAAGCCUGGUGGUGUGCAUGUAAAAACUCCGAUGCAGGGUGUUGAGCUUCAGGAAGAUGCUGUUCCGACUGGUGGAACUAACUUAUCUGAGUUUUUGAGUCAAUUGGAAGACUACGCGCCCACUAUUCCAGAUGCUGUAACCGUGAGCUACAUGCAACGAGCAGGUUUUGAAUCUAUUGACCCAAGAAUUGUACGACUAAUAUCAUUAGCUUCACAAAAAUUUAUUUCUGACAUUGCCCACGAUGCUUUGCAGCACUGUAAAAUGAGAGGUUCUGGUCAAAGCUCUCGUAAAUCCGGCAAAGAUAAACGGUAUACGCUCACCAUAGAUGAUCUUGCUCCUGCGUUAAAUGAAUACGGGAUACACGUGAAAAAGCAGCCAUAUUUUUCUUAAAACAAAAUUUUCAUCGCAGCCUUGAAAACCAGAUGUUUUUUAUUUCUGGCAAAGUCCCUUCAAAUUAGUCCUGAAACAGAAAUGUCAACCUUAAAAAAAUUUGUCAACUUUUGGAUUUUAUUAACCUUGUGUUUGUAUACGCUAACAGAUUAUUUUUGUGAAUAUUUUGUUUUCCAGUUUUUAGAUCGACUAGGCGCAGGUUUUGUAAUAAAGUCGGUUUUCAAGCGAUAACAUUUUUAAUGAAGUAUGUUUUCAGCGACGUAUAUUAGGCGACAAAGUUAUCCAACACACUGUGCUAAUGUUUAAAAAAAAGAGGUUGUAGAUAAAGAUCGGCUUCUCAUUGACUACGUCAAUAUGCUGAUGCAAUAGCUUCUUAGAAACAGGGGAAAUCUCCAUUUUUUUCUUUUCCUUUUUUUGCUUAUGUGUAAUUAUUUCGUGGAAGAAUCAAAUUUUAUGCUUGUUUUUGAAUAAAAGCUUAGCAUAGUAUCUCGUUGUCCAUAAAUUCGUCGUGUUAAGUUCCGCGUUGGGAUAAUAUUAAAGGGAAUAUAUUAAAGGGAAUAUAUAUUUUCUAUGUACAUCGUUUUCCCCUGCUAUAGUUUUUCGCAGAAUUUACAAGGUAACGAUUUUAUAGUGAAAGUGAUGCAACUUUCACUUUCGUUUUAAAACAAAAAAUGUCAGUGUUUUUUUUUAAAUUCUUAGAAUUAUUUCGAACCUUCCUUAAAUACCCAUGGUAUAUGUUUGUGUGUUGGGGAAGAUAAGUUCACAUGAAAAAGCUAUAAAUAUGAUCUUUAACGUUUUCCAUCCAUCGUCACUAUAUCGUCGAUGACUAUGGAAGGUCAAUUCUGUCCUGUGAUUUUUCAUUUUGUGUUCCUUUUUUCUGUACUGGCGGGACAAAUGUGGUUCCAGCUGUGUUUUUCAAUAUUAAAGUAUACUGCACGAACAAGGCAAAAAGUGGAUAACGGUAAAAUGAAAGGCAAAAUGAAGGAGCAUUUAAGUGGUGCAAUGUUGGAGGUGGCAAACGAGCUAGCUUCUAUUGGUGAUUUGCUCAGCAAAAGAUAUUCUUGGCCGAUGGUGUGGAUGUAAAUGCAGGCGACAAAGAUGUUUAAUGAAUUGAUUGUUGUCAACCACUCAAUUAGUGGUAUUUUGGGGAAGAAUUAUUUAAAGGGACAAUUAGAUCAUUUUGAAUAUUUCAACUAUUUGUGAAGUUUUCUUACAUUUUUAAUCUUGUAUAUUUAAUGGUGUGUGUGUAUAUUUGAAGAUUUUGGAUUUUCAGCUUCCCAUAAAUGGUUUAACAGGGAAUAAAAACGGGUCUUGAAAUACAAAAAAAAUGUUUAAACACUUUAACAAUCGCUCUCAAAAAUCGUAAAAGUGCUUAAAGCGAAUUUUACCAACAUUAUAAGUACCACUGAAUGUAUGCUUACAAUUUAUGAAAUUUUAUCAAUGUUUUAAUUGAUGUUUGAGAACCUGUAGAGUUGGAAACAGCAUUCUCCAGGAGAUUAUAAUAUUUUGUAAUUAUAUUAUCAAUACGUUAUUGUACAUUAUAUCAAUGUGGUUCAAUUUGUUGAACAAGAGAAAAUAAAAACGA